AUGCCGCAGGCGAUGUUCCCCGGAUUUGACGACCUCUACUGCAAGUUCUGCUUUGUCUACGGCCAAGACUGGGUUCCCACAGCGGGUCUGGAGGAGGGCAUCUCCCAGAUCACCUCCAAGAGCGACGUCGCGCCCACCACGCUCGUCUGGAACUUCCCCAUCGACAUUACCUUCAAGAGCACCAACCCGUCCGGCUGGCCGCAGAUUGUAGUGAGCGUCUACGGACCCGACUUUUUUGGAAAUGAUGUGGUCAGAGGUUAUGGAGCUGUUCACGUUCCCUUCACACCCGGAAGGCAUACAAGAACCAUCGCUAUGUUUGUUCCAGAGUCCACGUCUAGGCUGCAGAAGUUUACAAGCUGGUUCACAGGGAGACGUCCAGAAUUUACUGACCCCAGAGUGGUAGCACAGGGAGAAGGAAGAGAAGUAACGAGGGUGCGGUCUCAAGGCUUUGUGACCAUCUCCUUCAACGUAGUGACCAAAGAUAUGAAGAAGUUGGGCUACGACGUGAGCCCGAGCGACAUGCAGAACCCUUCUCUGGUGCCUGUUACGGAAGGGAUUCAUAAGUAUUGAACUCGGGCGUGAGACGUUCAAAGGCUCACAGGCAAGUUAAGCGCUUUGGGGCUUUUUGUGGCAGAGGGAAGUGAGUAUCUGACUAAACUGAGAAGAUGUCACUUGAGACCGUUAUUCAUUCCAAAAGCAACACAAGCCCACGAGGCUUUGGAAUAAUUACCCGAGUAUAAUCCUUUCAGUAAGCAUACAGGUUGAAGGAUUCUGUAAAUUAAUGUCAUCGGAUAAUAUUUAGCAUUUUUAUGAGUAAUACCAGACUAUCUC